AUGCGUGGCGCUUCUAUUAUUCUACUCUAUAUCGCCAGUCUGGCUUCGGGCACUGUUCUGCCGAGAAAACCUUUCGGCAGCGUGCGGCUUGAUUUACGUCAGUUCUUAAACAGUACUUCAUCCGCCUCAGCACCCCCACCACCUACAUCAAGACCCUCUGUGAGCCCUAGCACAACUCCCACUGGGAAUGGGACGAGAACGCUCUAUAGAAUCUCGGUGUCUUGCACGGAAUGUGAGAUUGGGUUUUCUACCGGGACACCUCCACCUAGCACUCCAUGCGCUGAAUGCGAGACUAGUCCAACCUCUACUCCAUGCGAGACCGAGAUCACUCCGACCUCUAUUGAGACUACGGCUGCGCCUGAGUCUACUCCCUGUCCAACUGAGCCCGAAACCCCCCUUCCAACUAUUAUGACUACUACAUACAUGACAACCACCUGCCCGGUCUCGUGGACUUCUGUCACAAGUGGAUCGGGCGUCGUUAACCAGCCAGUCACUUUGACUAGCACUUUGAUCCUGACCUCUGUUGUAACCUGCGCUGGGGAUUGUUUUGAGUCAACCGCCGCACCUGAGGUCUCUACCCCGGUUGCUGAAGCUUCUUCUAUGGUUGCCGCUCCGGGUGCUAGUAGCAGCCCUAAAGCCUCUUCUAUGGUUGCCGCUCCAGGUGCUAGUAGCAGCUCUGAAGCUUCUAUGGUUGCCGCUCCGGGUGCUAGUAGCAGCCCUAUCUUCAAUACUGCCUCAUCCCAAUUCCAGAAGUCCUUUUUUGGUUUCUUGCCUGGAUUGGUUGUUGCUUUGGUAUUGGUCUAA